AGGGAAUGUAAGCAAACUCUGCUGGAUCAAAUGCUGCAAUGAUUCAUCUGUGACUGAGCGUUGAGGGGAGCAACAUGUCCAACCCUAAACCAAGCAGCUCGAGGGUGUCAGGAUUGCUUCAAGUGAUAGAAAGAAGUGCUGGAACUGGACUUGACGACAAAAAUGUGGAGAACGUCUCACAAGCAACUGCUAAAAUCCUUAGAAUGCUCGGCCAACAAGAGAAGACCCUGACGGAAAGCAUCCUCCGAAAAUCCAAAGUUUCACAAUCCCUUGUGACUUUACUCAUGACGACUCAAGACGUGGCCCUCCAUCUGAAUACGGUUCAUAUAUUAGUUCACAUCGCUUCAUCAUCAAACAGCAAGUGUACGAGGUUGGUGCGACAAGGAGCCCCUCACGCCCUGCUAAGAAGUGUUGCUGCCACAUCACGUGUCCGACCCCUACUCGAGGAAUUGUGUCUUCAUCAACACUUGUUACUCAUCAAACUUGCCACCAAGGAGAAGAAGCUAGCUUUGAAGGCGCGAUUGUGUGGUGUUGUGACGGUGACGCUAGACCUUGCUAAACAGUGCAUCAACAACAUCGACCUCAGUUCACCCUUACUUCAGGUGCUAAAGAUUUACGCUACCAACCACUCCAACUCCUUAUCGCUGGUUAAAAACGGUGUCCUCAACCUUAUAGAACGAUAUUUCUCAAUGUACGGUAAACAAAAUAUAGCGGUGUUCAGAUACGCUCUGGAACUGUAUACACAGGUACUGGCUAUACGGGCCAACGCUGUCAAGGCUGCUGCCAACGGCGCUACAAGGAGAAUGUUGGAUCUAUUCAACUACUGGACGGAUCUAGACAAGCUCCACAAGUUUGUGCACAUAAGAAAGUCCAUACUGAACUCUAUUAAACAUCUGGUGGGAAAUGAGAGCGGCAGGAAGUCUCUGAUAAAGUGUGAUGGUAUAUCAAUACUAUACGCUACUGCUAAACAGUCUGAUGAGAUGAAGCAGGAGAUACAGAGGAACUGUUCCACUCACACCUCUUCAGACUUCAAACUGAGGGUCACUGUUAAUACACAGGAUAUAUACAAGAAGACAGACACUACCAAUCCAAACGGUAAAGCGAUUGACAACCUAGCGCUGACAUGCAGCCAGAUCAUCCGGAAAUCUAUGCCGAAAGUGUGUCUACCAAUCCCCUCGCUACACGGCCCCGUUUACUUUGACGAAUCAUCACUCGACCCAACAGAUCCGUAUCUCCUUCAGGAGUACAAAGAAGACGGGUAUGAAGACGAGGACGAAGCCCCUGCAGAAGAAGUCCCUCUCACCCUCACCAAUGUAGAGGACUUCUUAAAGUUUUUCCCCGAGCUCACCGAUUAUCAGAACAACAAGGUAAUAUUGGAUCAGCUGUCAGAGUACCGUAAGGAGUUCAUCACUCUGGUACCACAGACCCCAAGUAACAGUCAGAACGAACUGUCAGACGAGCGCUCGGAUACAGGUCCGAUAAGUGUGAUAGUGAAACCUGUCCUCCAAAACGGUUCCUCGCAGUCGAUCAGAUCUCAGAGCAGUCCUAAGAGCUCCGGAUCCGACCCUCUUAGAAAGAUAUCUAACAGCUGUGACCCCAACCUUCCUCCAAGAUCAGUGACCUCUAAGAGAUCAUGUAGGAACGUGAAGUCUGUAACCAACUCUCUGAGCAACAUGUCGCUAGGAGAUUCCCCCGUUCUAACUGCCUCCUACUCGCCUCCCCCUGCUAAAGCAGUCAAACACUUCGCCAAGGUUGCAGCCCCAGACAUGUACUCACACCGACCUCCCCACUACUUGGAGCAACUAUACGACCCGAUACAAUCAGUACAGAGAACUCUUAUGUUACUGGAUAUUGCUCGGGCUGUUCACCCGGAGACACUGAUCAACAGGAUCGCUUACGACCAGGACGAGUUAGUAAAGACAGAGGAGCCAAGUAACCACGCCCUCAGCAACAUUAAGUGGGACCCUGCCCUCAGAAGAUGUAAGAUACUCCCCUCUAUUCCUCAGACCAGACUUAACGCAGAUCCUCCUCUUGAUGUACUGAGUCAGCACAUGAACGAAGAGAACUCAACAGGAACGGUUAAUAUCCCUAUUCUACAAUUCGAAUCGCGGCACGAGUGCGGGAAUCUCCGUAAAGCUAUUCAAGUGCGGAUAUUCGAAUAUGAUCUAGUGUUAAAUUCAGACAUCGGCUCCACCCGGCACCACCAGUGGUUCUACUUUGAAGUCCAUAACAUGGUCGCUGAUUUCCCCUAUAGGUUCAAUAUCAUUAAUUGUGAGAAGAGCUGCUCUUCAUUUACCCAAGGAAUGCAGCCGCUGUUAUACUCGGCCCACGAUGCGUUAACAAACGGUACAGGAUGGCAGCGAUGUGGUAAACGUAUCUGCUACUACAAGAACAACUUCGUGAGGAAAGCAACAGAGGACACGGGUAGAGCAAGUGCGGCACAGAACAUGCACACUCUUACCUUCACUAUCUGCUUCCCCCACUCACAUGAUACCUGCUACAUAGCCUACCAUUAUCCUUACUCUUACUCUUCUCUACAGGCACAUCUACUAGAAGUACAGCACCUGCACGGUAUAAGCUCGGUGUUAAGAAGACAGACUCUGUGUACCUCAAUAGGGGGUAACCCUGUAGACCUCCUCACCAUCACCCAGUUCUCUCCUUCUCACAACAAAUCCUCAGCUAACAGCAUCAACGAUAGAGAAUACGUGGUUUUAUCAGCCCGGGUGCAUCCUGGCGAGUCUAACUCUAGUUGGAUCAUGAAGGGGGUCAUCAACUUUCUUAUUUCUGACAGCGAGAAAGCACAGCAACUUAGGAACAAAUUCGUCUUCAAGAUAAUCCCCAUGUUGAAUCCGGACGGUGUUAUCAAUGGUUCACACAGGUGUUCCUUAUUAGGGGUUGACAUGAACCGACAGUGGAUUAAUCCGCAUCCAAACCUUUACCCCACCCUGUACCACACUAAAGGAGUGAUACAGCUGUUAGUAGCACUAGGUAAACGUCCUGUCUUGUACUGUGAUUUCCACGGUCACAGCCGCAAGAAGAAUGUCUUUAUGUACGGUAACAUCACUCAACCAGCAGAUAAUGCCACUGUCAAGCUACUCCCAACAAUCCUGGAUAUCCACGCCCCAGCUUUCUCUUUCUCCAACUGCUGUUUUACGGUGGAGAAGUCACGUGAGAGUACAGCACGAGUAGCACUCUGGAGACAGUUCGGGAUUACACGGAGUUACACACUGGAGAGUUCUUAUUGUGGUGCCGACCAGGGUCUUUACAAGGGAUGUCAGCUGGGUACGCAGCACUUAGAGGAGAUGGGGGCUAAGUUCUGUGAGGGUAUCCUCAUCAUGUCCUCCGCUGAUCAACCUUGCUGUCUAAGCGAUGAGACGGACGAAGACGAGGACAGAACCAAAAGAUAACGUUUGGAUAUACAAAACUUCAAAUUAUUUUUCUUCCGAUAGCGACGACUCAGAGGAUGACGAUGAUUCGAGUGCUGAAUGAGAUGAGCUGAUCACACCUGAUGAUGACAUCACGUGACAUUUUAUGACGUCACUAGUUACUCCGCAAGACCACAGUGUUGGUCCAGAGACUGACCAAAUGCUAACUUUAAUCAGAAUUCAGAUGAUGAGAUGUGUUUUUAUUAUGAUAUAAUGGCCUUGAAAGUAAAUAGGUUCACUUUCUACAUGAUAUGAUUUCAUCAGGAUCCUGUUUUAUGGAUUCUUCAAACCAUAGGGUGGGCCAAGAUUGGCUUGUAAUGUUAUAUUGCGUUGGCCUCGUGGAAUUGUGUGAAACGGUUGUUCUAUCCAAAUUGAUGUGAAGGUAAUUUUGGCCCACUGCUCAAUGUUAAUAUAUAACAAUAGUUUUACUCAUGGGUAGUUUCACUUUUAGUUACAAUAUCAGAUUAUAUAGUGAUUAAAUAAAGAAUGUGUAUUGUGAUUUUUAUGGGGACAAAGAUUUUAACUUGUGUCUAAACAAACGGGUAAUAUUCUAGUGGUACUUUAGUUAAUCAUGUACAUUAAGUUUUAUGAUUUUACUUAGAUUACGAGGAAUUGAUGGCCUAACAACACAAAUACAUAAAAGUAGAUCAUUUUGUUGAACUGAUGAUAAUAAUUAACCUUCACCUUAAUAGAGAUGAUAUUGAUUAAUUGAUUGAUGAAUGCUGGUAUGUUGAAAUGAGAAUAUAAAAGUCAUGAAUGUAGAAUAAUGUGCUUCUGUAAGUUGAAGAGUUUUUGAAGAAUUUAUUCCUCAUUAUAA